AUGGGGAAAGGGGGCGAGAAGGGGCACAGGUCAGGGAGGAGGGGAAUGGGUAUGGGUGGGUUGCGGUGGGGAAGCGGGGAAAGCGGAGAAGAAAUCGGGGGAAGGGGGUGGGAGGAGGGGGGAGGUGUCCGUUGGUGGUGGUCAUGGGGAAUGGUGAAGAGAAUGGGGGCAUGGUUUUGGGUCAAGAGGUCCCAAAUUUAG